AUGGGCUUCUUGGCUUCCACGGAAGGGAUAUUAGCCAAGUCUCUUCAAGUCUGUCUUUGGGAGUUUUCUUCUCAACAUUCCUCGGAUUUGAGGACUCCGCCUGCCACCAGAAAAACUACAAGACAUAACAAAAGAGAUGUUAUUUUGGUGUCCUUGGUAGCCUGCGUGGUGGGGGUAACGAUCGGCGGUUUGGCUAUGCGAUGGCUUGUUAGGGCCACAAAAUUAAGCAAGCACGGCAAAGAAGAAAGCAGAGAGCUGGACGAACGCUUUGCUCAAGGUCCGCGAAAGUUCUCCUACGCUGAGCUCUGCGCUGCAACAAAAAAUUUCAACCACAAUGAAAUUCUAGGAAAAGGAGGCUUCGGAGGAGUGUAUAGAGGAACCUUACCCCUAUCAAAUCAGCCCGUGGCCGUGAAAAGAAUAUGUCAAGGCUCCAAACAAGGCAUAAAAGAAUACAUUUCAGAGGUGAGCAUAAUAUCUAAGAUAAGGCACCGUAACCUUGUGCAGCUCCAUGGAUGGUGUCAUGAAAAGGGCCAACUGCUUCUAGUCUAUGAAUUUCUGCCGAAGCGAAGUCUGGACAAAUAUUUAUUUGGCGAGCAGUGGAGAGAUGAUUUGAAUUGGAAUCGAAGGUACAGCAUAGGGUGUGACAUAGCUUCUGCUCUUCUCUAUCUUCAUGAUGAAUGGGACCAGCGUGUCAUUCAUAGAGAUUUGAAGGCCAGCAAUGUAAUGUUGGAUGACGAUUUCAAUGCAAAGCUGGGGGAUUUCGGCUUAGCUAGAGUAGUGGAACGUAAGCGUGCAGCCUCCCACACAACUGUGGUAGUAGGGACAUUUGGGUACAUUGCACCGGAGUGUGUGAUUACAGGAAAGGCAAGCCUAGAAUCGGACAUCUUCAGCUUUGGGGCUGUGAGUCUGGAAAUUGCGUGCGGAAGGCGGGCUGUGGACAGGAGCCUCGAGGACCAUUGUUACAGAUUAGUCGAAUGGGUUUGGGAUUUGUUUGGACAAGGGAAGGUUUUGGACGCCGCCGAUACAAAGCUGGAUGGGAAUUUUAACUGUGAGGAGAUGGAACGGUUGAUGUUAGUGGGGUUGUUGUGCUCUCAUCCGGAUCCGAAAGCCAGACUGAAUAUAAGACAGGUGAUUGAUAUUUUGAAAUUGAAAGCUCCACGGCCUCACGUUCCUCCUACAUAUCCAGUAGCUGUGUAUAGUGCUGGAAAUGGUCCUGUUGCAGAGUUAUCGACCACGUCUGAUGGAUCAUUUUGCACUCCGGAGAAUGCCUGGAAUAUUGAAGCUCCAUAA